AUGAACCAUGAACAAGACCUAAAGGAGGCACAAGGACAGAUCGCAGAAUUUGCAAGCCAGCGUGAUCAAGCUUUGCAGGAUGCAGGUGAACUGCGCGUGCAACUAAAACUCACGGAAGAGGUGAGAGACAGUCUAAGACGUGAUCUCUCUGAAGUGAACAGAAGAUUACGUGAGACGGACGAGGUGCGUGAGACACUUCGCCGCGAGCUGAUCGAGGUUCGUAGGACGCUAAUCGAAGUUCAACGUGAUCGUGACAGCCUUAACGAAGCGAAAGAUCAUCUCUCUGAAAAAUUUAAAGGUCUGGAAACAGAGCGUGUUGAGCUUAACCGAGCGAUUUCGGAUCACACUCUGAGGAUCUCCAGUGAGUUUGCGAUGACUUAUUAA